CGCCCGCCGAGAGGCCCGUAGCCUCUGCUAAGGGGGAGGAAGAGGAGGAGCAGCCCGGCCGCCGCCCCCCUUCUCUAGUCCCCCCUCGCCAACCCCAGGCCUGGUGGCUGCGUGGUGAGCUCGGAGCAGGAGGAAUGUGCGAGGCCGCCGGCGUCUGCGUUGCCGACCGAAGAACGUGAUCCUCCCCUGCGCCAGGCCCAGCUCGUGUGGCCGCCCGGCUCGGGCUCUUUCCUUCGCCGCCUUCCGCUCGGUGUGUUGCCGGCUCCCGCGAGGGCAGGUGGGCGGAACCCCGGACGGCUCUUCUCCUGCCCGCCUCCUGCUUCCCCCGGGGAAGACACCAUGUCCAAGAUGCCGGCCAAGAAGAAGAGCUGCUUCCAGAUCACCAGCGUGACGACGGCCCAGGUGGCCAGCAGCAUCACCGAGGACACCGAGAGCCUGGACGACCCGGAUGAAUCCCGCACCGAGGACGUUUCCUCUGAGAUCUUCGACGUGUCCCGCGCCACUGACUACGGACCCGAAGAUGUCUGCGAGCGCAGCUCCUCCGAGGAGACUCUCAACAACGUGGGCGAUGCCGAGACUCCCGGGACCGUCUCUCCCAACCUGCUUCUGGAUGGGCAGGUCGCCGCCGCCGCCGUCGCAGCCUCCGGUGGCAUGCAGCCGCCGCCUUCUCCUGCUCUGCCUUCCUCCAACGGAGGAGCUGUUCCCAGGAGCACCGCGGUGCCCCCAGCGGCUGCCGCCGCCUCCGUGGCGGCAGGAGGCAGCAGUGCGCCAGCAGCUGCUGGUCCUGGAGUCACGCCGCUAACGGCUGCUGCCGCAUGCAGUUCCCGCUUCAGGGUGAUCAAGCUGGACCAUGGUACUGGAGAGCCCUAUAGACGGGGGCGAUGGACGUGUAUGGAAUACUAUGAUCGGGAUUCGGAUGGUGGGGCUGUUUUAGCCAGGACUGGGGAUUGCAUUAGACACAACAGUACUUUUGAACAGGCUGUUCAAGAUAGGGACAGUGGCCUAGGGGCUACUGGUGGCUCGUUGAUAGUCUCAGGUGUGGCAACUUCGGCGCAUGGUCCCGAGUCCCUGGCUGACAGUUCCCUUGCUGCUGUGUCACAGCUGCUCCAGCCAGAGAAAAUAAGCCAGCCCUCUCCUCAGCAGCAACCUAAUUUUGUCAUUGGGCAGCAGCCCAUAGGCGGAGCCGUGCCUCAUUGUAGUGCUCAACCGAUCUAUUCAGGAGUUACAGCAGCAAGCCAGCAAAUGAUGGCGCCUCAGCUGCAGACUCAGCCGCAGGUAAAUGCACAGGGCAUGGGACAGGCUGGACCCAAUGGGAAAGGCAUGCCGCCUUCGAAUGUAGCAAUAGCCCAGACGAGUUUGCCCAUGCCACAGCAGCAGGUUCAGCAAGCAAAUGUACCAGUGGCUCAGGCUCAGCAAUUUGCUUAUCCUCAGUCGCAGAUUCCACCAGUGCAUUUGGUGCCAGCCCAGACUCCUGGCCAACCAGAAUAUGUUCAUAUGACAGUAAUGCAGUCUCAAGGAACUACUCAACAAGCUGCUUCAGUCCCUGUUCCAAGCACUGGAGCACCCAGUCUUCCAGCAGCACAAGUAGCUGGUCAGAAUCCCUCCCCUAUAGGUGCACCAGUGAUGGGAGUAUCUUCACAAACUGGUGAAACAGUGGGACAGGGAUCUGGGCUGAUGCAGAGUGGCCUGACUCCAAUUCAGACUGUCAUUCCACAGCCAGGAGGUGUGGUGCAGCAAGGCAUUGGACAUACAGGGGUUGUGCAACAGAAAUCCAUGACUCAGCAGCAAAUGGGUGGAAGCAGUCAAGUGUCUGGUGCUCCUCACAGCGUGGUCUCUGGAGUUCAGAAUGUGCCUGCAGCUGUGCCCGGUACUAGUGUGCCUAGCGUGUCUACAACUUCUGUUACUAUGCCAAAUGCCCCUGUUACUUUAGUCCAAUCCCAGCUGACCAGCCAUACAUCUGUCAGUAGGAGUUCCAGUGUUGUCCAGCAGCAUGUUGGCCUUCCACUAAUGCAAGGCACAACCAAUGUACUUACAAACCUGCCACAAUCUAACAUUGGACAAUUUCAGACUCAACCUUUAGGACAGAUUGAUGAUACUAGAAGAAAAUCUGAACCCCUACCUCAACCACCACUUUCUCUUGUUGCUGAAAGUAAACUUCUUGUGAAGCCACCUAUUCCGGACACUUUGACAAACCCUCUUAACUUACCUGCAGCUACUCCUAUGAACAGUCUUGCUAGCUCUGUCUUUGGCAUAGCUAUUCCUGUUGAUGGUGAUGAAGACAGGAAUCCUUCAACUACUUUCUACCAAGUGUUCCAUUCGAACAAGUUAAAGGGAUCAAAGAACUUCUGGGAUAGUGCUUCUGGUGCGAGUGUUGUAGCUAUUGACAACAAAAUAGAACAGGCAAUGGAUUUGGUGAAAAGCCAUUUGAUGUAUGCAGUCAGAGAAGAAGUGGAAGUACUGAAGGAACAAAUAAAAGAAUUAGUAGAAAGAAACUCUUUACUUGAACGAGAAAAUGCACUGUUAAAAUCUCUCUCAAACAAUGAUCAGUUAUCGCAGCUCUCAACCCAACAGGCCAACCCCAGUAGCACUUCUCAACAGCAAGCAGUAAUAGCACAGCCUCCGCAGCCAACCCAACCUCCGCAGCAGCCGAAUGUCUCCUCAGCAUAAAGCUUUCUUGCCUCUUUAAGAAACUGAAAGCAAUCUGUCCUUGUGUGCCACUGGUGUUCUUUCCACUUUAUAUGAAAGCAAGUAGCCAUGCUUCAGUUGUGUGUUUUGGCCUUUUCAGUAUUAGACAAUCAUUCUACAAGAACUUUCCCUCACUAAAUUGUCAUACAGCACAGUUGGUGUCCAGUUAUGCCAUCAGUGCACAAGGGAAAUGGUAGAAGGAGUUAAAAUGCAAAAGUCUGCAUUUGUUUGGUGCGCAUGAGUGGGGUCUUUAAGAGCUUUGGUGAGGCUCUUUGAGGUUUCCAUUACUCAUGGAUUACUUUGAGCCUUGCUCUUUUUUCUCUCGCCACAUAGUAACAAUUCAUCUUUAGAGCCACUGUUCUUUCAAUUACAAAUAACAUUUGCCUAUAUUAGUUUCAUUUAUUUGUGUUUUAUUUAUUACAGGGCUGCUAUUCAUAAUGUACAUGAACAAUGUCACAGAACUUUUAAUUUUUUUUUUUUUAAAUAAAUGUAAGUAUCAGUAAAAAUUGAUAGGAUUGAGUUUAAUAGCUAAAAUGUUCAGGCAAUAAUUGAACAAAAGAAUCCUGGCAUAUUUCUAACACUAAUGGCAAUUUACCUUUUGGUAUUUAUUUUCAGUAGUUAAGACCCAGCUUGAAUGUAAAUUUUUGUAUAGUGUAAGUAUGAAGACCAUAGUGCAUCUGUACAGGUAGUCGCCAGUCAUUGUGAUAAAAUAAUUGAUGGGCUAUUUUGAUGAAGAAAACUUUGCUCAUUUCUGUUUCUACUUUCUAAUAGAGAAAUUGCCAUGAUUCCUCUGCUUUUUGACAUUUCGUAUGAUUUUUUUGGGGUGGGAAUAAAAAGCUGUGAAAUUGUUCAACCUACUUUGUAACCAAAGAAGCAAAGCUGUGUAAUUGAGUUUUUAUUUUAUAAUGCACAUUCUUUAUGUAUUUUUAUUUAGUGUUCUCAUUCACAUUUUUCUUUGCUGUCUAGCAUGAUCUGCAUGACCUAUAAUCUUUGAACCACUUUCGUACCUCAUGUUUUAUCCAGCACUCUUAUUGUGAUAUGUAAUAGUCUGUGAACAAUGUCAAAUAAAAAGAAAGAACAGCUAGUGUUGGUGGAGCUGAGCUGGUGUGUUAUGCACUAGUUUAAAAAUGAAGUGAGCCAUCUUUUGUUCAUUUAAAAUGGUGUUUUGAAUUUCGUAUGCAGAAAAUGUUUUGUUACAUUGCAGAUUUUAAUGUAUUUAAUAAAUGCAACAUGCAGAUUAAGUGCAGUGUAUACUGAGUAUUUAAAUUAAAAUGUACAUUUCAUAAA